CAUACGCCAUGGAUGAGUUCGGCGUCUUCGAUUACAAGCGCCCUGUCAGCGCUACAGAUCCCGAUUGGAGGACCUCGUACUAUCGAGGGCAUCGCCACAUUACAGACUUGAGAAUGGGUAACAAGCUGAACGCUAAGUUUGCCGAUAAGGGUAUUUAUGUGAAAGAUCCGCUGCUGUCUGAGAAACCGACUUCUGAGUGCAUGGCCAAUUAUGUGUGGAAGUAUAACGAUCCCAACGCACUCAGGAAUCCCUCGCUCAACAUGAAAACGCAGUAUAUGAAACCAUUUGAGGAGGGUUUCCUUCGCUUUGUCAAGCGAAAGAUGAAGCCCAUUUCUAGUGUCAGUCAUGAGUCGUAUGUGCUUAAGGAGCUGCCGGAGGAACAGGAAAUAUUGCCUGUAACAAUGCCCACUCCGGUGGCAGCCACCAAGCUAGUCAUCGACCGUUCGGAGGCGUCCUACAGCAAGUACCUUGAUCCCUCCUCCACCACAUACAAUCUGUCGUACGUGCGCUGGGGUCCCGAGGACUUGUGUGGCGGAGUAGCUGCCCACGACAAUAUUACAUACUGGAAUUGGUCGGAGAAGAUGCCGCCCAUCCAGAAAGUAUCCCGUGAAGAGGAUCCUACAAUGUGUGACGAGGGUAACACGCAUAACUGCCCUAAGCGGCGCUGUGAGUUUCAAAACCUCACCAAACGAGUGCCGCAUUCGGGAAUGGUCACCGAGGUGCGCGCUAAUUUCACGGAUCCACAGUUCCGAAGGGUUGAAUUCGAUCCUGAAGUUAAGCCCAUACUGGUGCACGAGGAAGUCACUCCGUUUGCGGAGAAAAGCGAAUACGGCAUCUACGGAUCGGGGGAACCAGUUAUCAAAUACGUUUAG